AUGGCCAUGAAGACUACCCAAGACAUCAAUAAAGAAGACGAAGAGUUAUGCAAAGAGGCCGAAAAAUUCAGUCAAGUCUACUACGAUGUUAUGGAUAGAAAACGGGAGAAAAUCGGAUUCUUGUACGCCAACAUCUCUCAAUCGAAUGCAGUUUGGAAUGGAAAUCCAAUCAAUGGGUUCGAAGAUAUCUGCCGGUUCAUGGCAGCCCUUCCCAGCACACAACACAAUAUUCAAUCGCUGGAUGCACAAAGACUCCCAGAAGGUGUCUCCGGAGAAAUGGCCGGUGGAAUGAUUCUCCAUGUUGCCGGGUCCGUCACUGUCGAUAAUGAUGCUCAGAGAGCGUUCACCCAAACCCUUGUACUCGGCGUGGAAGACGGAAAAUACAAAGUGAAGAGCGACCGAUUCCGCUAUGUCGAUUAA